AACUCUCUGGCCCCGCCCGGGGUCCAAGCCCAUAUUAACCUUGUCCUCUGGGAGAGGGAAGGGCUAAGUAGAGAGAAGCCUGCGACCCACUUUAUCCAAGAGGGGAGGGAAGACAGAGCACCUAGGAAACCCGGACACUACCCACAAGGACCAUGGCGAACAAGACUAUCAAGCAGCCGGUGGUGAAUGGGAUCCGGGACAAGGUGCUGACCAUGGACACCAUGAACCAGUCGGUGAAAAACAUCGAGUACGCCGUGCGAGGGCCCAUCCUGCUGCGGGCUUUGGAGCUGGAGAAAGAGCUGCAGCAGGGGGCGAAGAAGCCCUUCACGGAGAUUAUCCGAGCCAAUAUUGGGGACGCCCACGCCAUGGGCCAGAGGCCCAUCACUUUCAUGCGCCAGGUCUUGGCACUCUGCCAGUACCCAGACCUCCUGAGCAGCCCGUCCUUCCCGGAAGAUGCCAAGAAACGCGCCAGGAGAAUCCUGCAGGCCUGUGAGGGCCACAGCGCCGGGUCUUACAGCGCCAGCGCCGGCAUCCGGACGAUCCGAGAAGAUGUGGCGAGGUACAUUGAGCAGCGUGACGGGGGCAUUGCUUCUGACCCUGAGAACAUCUUCCUGUCCACAGGGGCCAGCAGUGCCAUCAUGGCGGUGCUGAGCCUGCUAGUGUCCGGCAAAGGGAAGAAUCGCACCGGGGUCAUGAUCCCUAUCCCCCAGUACCCACUGUAUUCAGCCACCCUGGCCGAGUACGACGCGGUCCAGAUCAACUACUACUUGGACGAGGAGCACCAGUGGGCCCUCGAUGUGGCCGAGCUGCGGCGGGCCUUAGAGCAGGCCAGGGCCCAUUGCCAGCCUCGGGUCCUAUGCGUCAUCAAUCCCGGCAACCCCACAGGGCAGGUCCAGAGCCGGGAGAACAUCGAAGCUGUCAUCCGGUUUGCCUACGAGGAGCAUCUCUUCCUGCUGGCUGAUGAGGUUUACCAGGACAAUGUAUAUGCUGAGGGAUCCCAGUUUCACUCAUUCAAGAAGGUGCUAAUGGAGAUGGGCCCACCCUAUGCCCAGCAGCUGGAGCUCGCUUCCUUCCACUCCUGCUCCAAAGGAUACAUGGGCGAGUGUGGGUUCCGGGGAGGCUACACAGAAGUAGUGAAUAUGGACCCUGCAGUAAAGCAGCAGAUGUUAAAGUUAUUGUCAGUUAGGCUGUGCCCACCGGUCCCAGGGCAAAUUCUCAUGGACAUAGUGACAAAUCCUCCCCAACCUGGGGAACCCUCUUAUCAGCAGUUCCAAGAGGAGAAAAAGGCUGUGCUGGCAGAUCUGGCAAAGAAGGCCCAGCUCACAGAGGAGAUUUUGAACAAGGAACCUGGCAUCCAAUGUAACCCAGUGCAAGGGGCCAUGUACUCUUUCCCCCGCAUCCAGCUACCCCCCAAAGCAUUGCAGCAUGCAAAGGAGCUGGGCCAGCCUGCUGACAUGUUCUUCUGUAUACAACUCCUGGAGGAGACUGGUAUCUGUGUGGUACCUGGCAGUGGCUUUGGCCAGAAGGAUGGCACCUACCACUUCAGGAUGACCAUUCUUCCCCCUUUGGAGAAGCUGAAGAUCCUUCUAGAGAAACUGAGUCAAUUUUAUGCCAAGUUUACUCGGGAAUAUUCCUAACGGACAGAGACUGAAAGGCAAAGAGGGGAGGACUUCUGCUUCUCCAUUAUCUAGCCCUUUUCUGGAAAUAAGUCUUGGGGUCCCUUACCUUUCUUUCCCGUGAGUUCCUCUUCCUUUUUCCAUGAGGUGAAAACAGAAUGGUGGAUGGUGCCCAGGGGCAUCAGCACAGACUUCUAGAGGGCUGUGGUUCUCAGCUUCUCUCUGAGGAUCCCAAGUGAGAUCCCUAGAGAUCCCUGGGAAGUAUCAGGGCUUAGGGACUGGGCCUAAUAAAAGUAUUGAAGAUGCUCUGCUGCCCCUACUUUUUUAGGAGGAACAAUAAAGGAGUAGGUGACUUUGUGA